AUGCCUGAUCAAGCUUGUAACAACGCCAACCUGGGUAUGCUACUUGAAGAUCUUCAGUUUAUAUACCGUGUGGAGACGACAGUUCUAGUUGAGAAAUAUGUGUGUGCAAAAACUGCUAGAAGUAGACGACGAAUCCUAGACAGAGCGAGACGGUACAGCGUGAUAAAAAAGAUCCCCGAACAAGUCAAGUAUCUGGACAAACUCGUCCAUGUGACCGACGCAGACUGUGUAGCAAAUCUGAGAAUGGAUCGUAACACCUUCGCUAAGUUAUGUCGGAUCCUACACGCAAGGGGUGGACUGAGGAUAGGAAAAACCUUAGGUGUUGAGGAACAAGUCGCAAUGUUUCUGGGUGUACUCGCACAUCAUAACAAGAACCGUGUGGUUAAGUUCCAUUUUGCACGAUCUGGUGCAACUGUCUCACAAUGCGUGCACAAAGUGCUUGCUGCAGUGCUGAGCCUACACUCGGUAUUGCUAUCAAAACCCACCCCCGUACCCGCUGACUGUACAGAUCACAGAUGGAAAUGGUUCACGGGUUGUCUUGGGGCAUUGGACGGUACCCAUAUCAAUGUGCUAGUCAGCAACGAAGAUAAACCUCGGUAUCGCACAAGGAAGGGGCAGAUAAGGGCAUUUGCAGUACUUAAGAUGCGGUGGGGCAUACUUCGUAGCGCAUCUUUUUAUCCAAUUCAGACACAAAUUCGCCUAAUUAUGAGCUGUUUUUUACUUCACAACUUCAUUCGCCAAGAGAUGGAUGUAGACCCUGUUGAAGUUGAGCUUGACUACGACGAGCCUGCUAUUUUACCUGAAGAAGACAGCAUAGGCGUCGACUACGUUGACAGCGUUGAGCCAUCUGCUCAAUGGACGCAGCUUCGGGAUGCACAUGCGCUAAACAUGUGGAAUAAUAGUUGA